AUGGGCCGAAGUGACUCUACUCCUUCAACCCCUUUAGUAAUAAACGAACACAACCGUAUCCGCGUGCCGCAAACAAUGCAGUUCUUGGAAAACAGCGGAUCCAACUACUCAGUUGACUUUAACGUACGGGGUUCCCCUGGCGUCCGUAUGCGAGAUGUCCUUGAUGACCGCGCUCGCUUGGACGACAGCGAGACACGCGUCUUCGAAAAUACUGGUCUGCGUCGUUUCAACUUAGUCAUAGCUUGGCCGGGAUAUAUACAAAACGGCCACUAUGUCCAGGUGCAAGACAAAAAUGGCUUCAUCACGAAGAAGAAAUUAGCGAAGCUGAUCAGUUCUCAAUUCUCCACUUGGAUGACGAGCGCUGCUCCGUGCACAAAACGAAAGUGGGCCGUUGGCAAGCGCGGCGUUGAUUUCAACAAUAUAUGGCUGGUCCGCCUGGCUCCUGGGCAUCGAAAUGUGUGGAUUGCUGAGGUGGAGUUACAGCUGCACGACGAAUAA